UUAAAAUAUUUGUCCAAACAAAUAUACAUUUAGUUGUACCAGGCAUUAAAAUGGAAUACGAUGAAAAAAAUAGGAUAUCAUCCUAAAAUAUUGCUUUAUUUUGUAGGCUAUUUGUAGUUGUGGUAGUUUGUAGUCUUGUGUCUUCUGCUGCAGGUGAAGUAAACCAAUCAAACCAUAAAACAAUUAGUGACCAUGCUAACUGCUGAUCAGAGGAGCAACAGUGGAAAUGCAGAUGUUUUCUCAUUUCCUGGACUUCACCUCCCCUCUCUCAGGACCCCCGUCGGUCCCCGGACCGCAGCUUGAGAACCACCGGGUUUAAGCCAUCCCUCUCUGCAGGCUCCAUGCUACUAUUGUCUAACAGGAGAGCGGGCUAUUUGCAAAAUAAAGGUAGCCUACUGUCCUGGUCUUAGCCGCUAUGUGGGCUGAUACAUACAGACAGGGUGGCUCUUUUUAACGUGAAGCUGGAAUGAGCGGGUUUUAACAGCGGCAGUCCUCUGGUGUUUUCCCCCCGGACAGCCUCGGUUUCUCGGCGGUCGGAUGCUGGAAGUCCUCGCCGAUAAGGGAGCACGUAGGGCUCACAGAGAAAAGGAAGAAGGGACGCGGAAGGAAGGAAAGGGGAACAUUUUAAUACCAAAUCUGGACACAUGUUGAGCUAACAGCCCGCUCCACCUCCCCCCUUCUCCUCCCAAAUGCAUUUGUUGCCUCAAUCGCUUUCCCGUUACUAAUUACUCCGCGUUAGGAUACAGCGGAUCUCCUCUCCGGCUCCAAGGAUCCUCUCUCACCGUACAGGGGCACUACGAUCAUGGAUCUCAGUAAAAUCACUGUCAGCAUCAAUAAGGCCAUCAACACACAGGAGGUCGCUGUCAAAGAGAAGCAUGCCAGGACCUGCAUCUUGGGGACCCAUCAUGAGAAAGGCGCCCACACUUUCUGGGCUGCCGUCAACCGGCUCCCUCUGUCCAGCAACGCUGUGCUCUGCUGGAAGUUCUGCCACGUCUUCCACAAGCUGCUGCGAGACGGACAUCCAAACGUGAUAAAGGACUCCAUGAGGAACAAGGCUGAUCUAACUGAUAUGAGCAGGAUGUGGGGUCACCUGAGUGAAGGCUAUGGGAAGCUGUGCAGCAUCUACCUCAAACUGCUCAUCACCAAAAUGGAGUUCCACAUCAAAAACCCGCGUUUCCCCGGGAACCUGCAGAUGUCAAACCGACAGCUCGACGAGGCGGGAGAGAACGACGUUAACAAUUUCUUCCAGUUGACCGUAGAGAUGUUCGACUACCUGGAGUGUGAGCUCAACCUCUUCCUGGGUGUGUUCAGCUCUCUAGACAUGUCUCGGUCGGUGUCGGUGACGGCAGCGGGCCAGUGUCGCCUGGCUCCCCUCAUCCAAGUCAUCCUGGACAGCAGCCACCUGUAUGACUACACAGUCAAGCUGCUGUUCAAGCUGCACUCCUGCCUUCCAGCAGACACUCUCCAGGGCCACAGAGAUCGUUUCCAGGAACAGUUUAAGAAGUUAAAGAGUCUUUUCUAUCGCUCCAGUAACUUGCAGUAUUUCAAGAGGCUGAUUCAGAUCCCACAGUUGCCUGAGAACCCUCCUAACUUCCUGCGUGCGUCAGCUCUGUCGGAGCACAUCAGCCCUGUGGUCGUGAUUCCCGCCGAGUCGUCGUCCCCCGAGUCGGAGCACGUGGUGGAGACGGACGACCUGGUGGACACAGACGUCCCCGUGCUGCCGCCGGCUUUGGAGACCAAGUUUGACGACCUGUUUGGCACCACGGCGGCGAUAGAUCCGUUCAACUUCAACAGUCAGAACGGCAUGCGGAAGGACGACAAAGACCGUCUGAUUGAACAGCUGACGAGAGAAAUCCAGGCCCUCAAAGACGAACUGGAGUCCUUCAGACUGGAGAGCGGUCGCUUGUGUCAGGCGCUGAGGGGGCGUGUCAACGAGCUGGAGGCGGAGCUGGCCGAGCAGAGCCACCUGAGGCUGCAGGCUGCAGGAGAGAGCGAGUUCCUGAAGGCGGAGCUGGACGACCUGCGGAGGGUCAGAGAGGACACGGAGAAGGAGCAGCGGAGCGUGACGGAGAUAGAGAAAAAAGCUCAGGCCAAUGAGCAGCGCUACACCAAACUGAAGGAGAAGUACACAGAGCUGGUUCAGAGCCACGCAGACCUCCUGAGGAAGAACGCAGAGGUGACCCGGCAGAUGACGGUGGCUCGAGCAGCGCAGGAUGAAGUGGAGGAGGUGAGGAGAGAGAUGCAGGACAAGGUGAAGGCCGCUCAGGACGUUGCAGACCGACAGGAGAGGGAGCAGCUGGAGCAGCUUCAGCAGCUCCAGAGAGAGCUGGUGUCCAGCCGGACGGAGCUGGACACCCUGAAGACCACCAUGGCCUCGUCACAACAGUCGAGCGAGCUGCUCAACUCCCAGCUGGUCGUGCUGGAGUCUGAGAAGGCGGAGCUGGUGCAGUCCCUGUCAAAGGUGGAGGCGGAGCUAACUUCCCAGGGGGAGGAGCUGGAGCGAGUCCAGAGCUCGCUGGCGACUGAGAGGGAGAGCGGGGUGAAGACGGCAGAAGCCCUGCAGAAUCAGCUCAAUGAGAAGGAGAGCAGGGAGCAGGCGUUAGAGAGCCAGCUGGUCGCAGCUCGCUGGUCCAGUCUGCAGGGAGCUGUGGAGGAGGCGGAGAAGAUCAUCCAGGACUCACUGGCUCAGAUAGACGACCCGGCACACAUCAGCUGCACCAGCUCUGCAGACUACCUAGCGUCCAGAUGUCAGGCCUCUAUAGACUGUAUGGACCGACUCCUUUCUGCCAGAGAGGCCUUCCUGGCUGACAACACAGGUGUGUCUGGGCUGGUAGGAGUGGUGACCCAGUGUGGCCACCUGGUGGGCGACACCAUCGUUCAGGGUAGUGCCACCUCCCACAUGGUGCCUGUGGAGCAGGCUGAUGCCCUGUCAGAGAGUGUGAAGGCGUGCGGGGCUGAAGCUCUGGCUCUGCUGGCCCAGUUGAAGCAACAGGACAGCCUCGCUGCUGCAGACAACAGCAAGCUGAAGGCGGCUCUGGAGGCCAUCCUGGCCACGGCGGAGAGGCUGCGUCCUCGGGGUCUGGAGCUGCAGCAGGGGGAACUGGGAGAUCUGGUGGAGCAGGAAAUGGCUGCCACUUCCGCUGCCGUGGAAUCAGCAGCUGCCAGAAUAGAGGAAAUGCUCAACAAGUCUCGAGCAGUUGAUACAGGAGUCAAGAUGGAGGUCAAUGAGAGGAUUUUGGCAUCCUGCACAGAGCUGAUGGAGGCGAUCAAGCAGCUCGUUCUGUCUUCCAAAAAUCUGCAAAGGGACAUCGUGGAGAGUGGCAGGGGGGCGGCCUCCCAGAAGGAAUUUUAUGCCAAGAACUCCCGCUGGACUGAGGGCCUGAUCUCUGCCUCCAAAGCAGUGGGAUGGGGCGCCACAGUCAUGGUAGAUGCUGCUGAUCUGGUGGUGCAGGGCAAAGGGAAGUUUGAGGAGCUGAUGGUGUGCUCACAUGAAAUAGCUGCCAGCACAGCACAGCUCGUGGCCGCCUCCAAGGUGAAAGCUGACAAAGACAGCUCCAACCUGCACCGCCUGCAGCAGGCGUCCCGUGCCGUCACACAGGCCACCGCAGCCGUCGUGGCCUCCACCAAGUCUGGGAAGUCCCAGAUUGAAGAGAAAGAUACAAUGGACUUCUCCAGCAUGACUCUCACCCAGAUCAAACGACAAGAGAUGGACGCACAGGUCCUGGUUCUGGAGCUGGAAACCCGUCUGCAGAAGGAGCGAGAGCGUCUCGGCGAGCUGAGGAAGAAACAUUACGAGCUGGCCGGGGUAGCGGAGGGCUGGGGCGAGCAAGAAGAGGGCACUGGUUGAGGCCCGCCCCGCCCGUCGUCCCCCUCCUCCACCAGAAGACCGCCGUCUGUCUGCCUCUUUCUAUUUAUACACUCUUCACUCUCUCUCUUCCUUGUUUUUCUCUUCUCUCUUUUUUGUUUGUUUGUUAUCAAAGCCAAAUUAAAAGGUGCUUCUUUUUCUAAAUCUAAACCUGCUUCUCAACUCGUGUCCAAAAGCUUCCAUAAGGGACGGUACCAUGGGACGGAAAGGGGGCACUAAAGGGAGCUACAAAUGGAUGUUUUGGGGGGGGGGGGGGGGGCGGCCUGGCCACGGCCUCACCCCCCGUGUCCCCCCCCUCCCCCAGCACUGUGCUGGUGGAAAGCAGUCAAAGAGAAGUGGAUCUGAGUAUUUAUUGUCAUUUUCUUCCCCAUUUUUUGGAGUCGCAGCGACUAGGAGCACAAGUUCUACUCAAGACAUCCCAGGAUGCACUGCACAAGGGCCAAACUCUCAGCAGGAGGGGGGAGAUCAGUGACUGUUCUUGCCCCAGACCCAAACUCAUGUCUCUGUGUGACAUAGAUGGCAUGCAUGCUCUCCUCCUCCUCCUACAAACAAGUGUUUAUGAAGCUGCAGCAGGAGCUUCCUGAGCUGCUCCCUGUCUUUCUCUUCCUCCCUAGUUUCUUCCUAUUCUGUUCUCACUGUGAGUUAUCACCUUAUUAAGUCCAUACCGCUUCACCGGCUGGUUCACUGGACUUUCUGCCUUUCACCUCUCCACCAUUGUAACGACCAUGACUGUUAACUCAGGCCCCCCUUAUUUUUCUCUUCAAGAUGCUUGCAUGGAAACUCUUAAAAAAAGGCUCCAGAACUGGAGUUUUUUUCUCUCUCAGCAGUCUUCUCCCGGCGAGCUUUGAGAACUACCUCAUGCUACAUCCUCCGAGGUAGAGGUGCAUCAUGGGUAGGACUGAUGAGAGAGAGCCCAUCACUCAAAACACUAAAGACAUGGGGCCAUUUUUUGUCAUUUCCCCCCUUUUUUUAUUGGUUUAAGGUAGGAAAAGGAGUAGUGGGAGGAAAAAAACUCUUUUUAUAUAUAAAAAAAAAAAAGUUUGGCAGAAAAAGCAAAAAUUGUUAAAUAGAAUUUAAGACACUUUUUGUACGGAGUUACCUUUUGAGCCUUUAUUAUGCAGUCAAACAGAAUGGGUUGCAAAUAAAAUAUGUUUGAUGGCAAGUAAAAUACAUUUAAAAUGCACAAAAAGCACCAAAAGUUCUUACUAGACACCGGUUUUCUUGAUAAUAACCAAAAUCAUUAUCAAGAAAACCAUGGAAAAUGUCUAGAUAUUAGUUCUUAAAUUAAACUCUUAUGAGCUAUUUUUGUUGUUAUCAUUAUAUUUUUCCAAACAAAUGUACCUUUAGUUGUACCAGGCAUUAAAAUGAAAAAUAAAAUGAAGAAAACAAGGGGUGGUCUAAUAAUUUUUUCAUGACUCUAUUUAAAUUUGGGCAUUUUAACAUAGCGGUCUAUGAGGAUUGACCCCCUCUGGCCGGUUCAGGAACUGCAGUUUUUUUUGCAUCAAAAGUUGUUUUUAUUACAGCUAGUAAAGUUUUGGCGUUUUGAUUCACAUUAAUACAUUUUUAAGCACAAAUUUAUUUACUUGCAAUCAAACAUUUUUUAAUUGCAGCGUGGAUAGUUUUGCUCUCAAACUUUUUCUGUUUGAUUGGAUCAUAAAGACACAAAAGCAGCUCCGUAAUUAUUGGUGCAUAUUUUUACAAAUGUGACCGAUCGAGCAGCACAACAACAACACAGACACAGCAGCAGCUGGAUCCGGUCACAUAACGAACUGCUGACGGUGUCUUCUUCUGACAGACGGCUGUUCCUCGAGAUGUUUUGACUCUGCCACCAGGACCAGCGUGCUCCCAGCGAGGACGACACAAGGCUGCCAGCUCAGUCAGAGAACAAAAUUUGCAGAAGCAACAAAAGGAAACCCUACAAAGUUAUUUUUUUCUCAAGCUUGAAUGUCGGUUUUGGGACAUUUCAGGCUGCACAAAACUUUUAUUCAUGAAAUGUUUUAUCCGGUUUAUCACAUGCCUCUUCGGAAACACCCUGCAGGACUGACGGCUGACUGCAGUUUUUAUAAAUCCUUCACUAACAGUCUGCAUCGCCAGGACCACAAUGGACUCUGAAGUCUGCAGCACACAGUGACUGCAGUGUUUUCAAUAAUAGCUUCCUACAGACCAAGUAGCUGUGUAUAUAUAAACUACAAGCCUUCUGUUGUUGGAAAUACUUGUUUGCUUUCUUUUAAUCUUAAAGCAUCCAAUAGCAUUAUGUUUUCUUUGCAUCUCUCCAAGUAAGGAUUCAGUUUAAAUGAAUUAGGGAUACAAAGUGGUGCACAGGAGGUCGCUAUUUCACGGAGUUCCUCCUGAGACUGACGGACUGACGUCGUGGACUCUGUGAGCAGUCUGAUUUAUGCCUUUUUGUGUAAACGAUGAGAUGAGUAGGCGUCCGUUUUUUUAACCCAACACCUUAUUUCUUCUGUUUGAUGACAGCGAUAAUGAUUAUUCUCUUCGUGUCUUAACAAACUUGGUUUUGACGCUCUGCUUCAGCUGUGUAUCUAAAAAAAAGUUGUGACACUGGUUUAUUUAACAGAUGCUGGUUGAAUAGUAUUUGCCAAUAAUUCUUUUAAAAAAUAGUUUUCAACCUCUCGCAGAAGCAGACGGGUGCAUCAAAAGACAAGAGACGUGUUUUAUUAGUCAGGAUUUGAACUAAUUUCCCCCUCAUUUGACGCCAACCCAUCUGCUGCUCCAAGCUGGUUAGAACAAACAGCAGGUAUUAUUUGCAGUACUGUUUGUUGGGUGCAGGUCUUUGUAUUUAAUAAUGAUUUUAGCUGUUUUCUGUCACUUCUUCCACACCUGGGUAGCUGAUUUCAUUAGAAAUUUGAUUAUAAAACAGAAAAAGAUGCCAUAAAAAGAAGGAUAGAUCUGCUUUUUUAUAUGGUAUUUCAAGUGUCUCGACAGAUUAAAUGAACGCACCUUGAGUGAUAUUUGGUUGUAUUUUUUCCCAAAUAUUCUUUAUUAACCUCUCCCCCCCUCCCUCUCUAUCUCUAUCUGUUUUUCUCUCCCUCUCCCCUUCUCUCACCCCUCUCUCUCUCUCUCUCUCUCUCUCUCCAUCUCUCCCUCCCUCUCUCUUUUUCUCCCUCCCCCCCCCCCCCUCUCUGUGUCUGUAGUCCGACCAGCUCAGCCAGCCUUUCAAACUGCCUCACACUGUAGUAAAAGAGAAACAAAUACUCACAUAGCAACAUUGAAAUAUGUCUUUGUAUGAUAUACUAAAACUAUGUUGGUGGGUUUGUUUUUAUUUUUUCAGUUUUUAAAAUAAAUAUUUCAACUCGUUAAUACGGA